CUGGACGGAUUCAUUCAGCGCUGUACCGGGGAAUCGGAAAUUUGCUUAGACAACGCUAUCAAAUAUAAUAAAGCUUAGUCUCAAAGUUGCGUGUAGGUUUAUGGAGAAGAAAGACGUCGUUGUAGCCCAUGAGACACGGUGACAGAGUUGUUAGGAUGUUCGUUUUGUUUCGCAGCUCCCCCCUUUUCCGAGUCUGAAUGGAACAUCCUAAAAGUGGUUUGGCACUCGGGGCAGGCAAGCGGCAACUGACAACAUCGCAGGGGGCAACUUCACUUCUCUUCAUUUUACCGACCGCUUGCUGUCCAAGAGCGGAAAGAGACUUACCAGGAACUCAUGCCUUUGUGAAUUUACCCCGUCGUCCUUUUCCUUACACUAAAGCUAUGUUUAUUUUGAAUAUUUCCUAUUUGCUUUGAGGCAGCUGCCUUCAGAAAAAGGUCGCUGCUUGGAGGAGCAGGCUUGGUUUUUGGGAAUGCUUCCUCAGCCUGCCAGCAAAGAGCAGAGCGUGACGGUCCCCUCUGUCGAUCCACAACUGAAGACAUGUUGUACUGGACUUUGCCUGACUGGAAAGUACUGCUGCUGAUUGCUCUUCUGUGGGACCGCCUCUGUGCCUCAGGACUCAAACCCACGAGAUGGCCACUGUAUUCACAAAAGCCUCUGCUCUUGGCUUGGAACGCCCCGACUGAAGACUGUGUCCCGCGGUAUGGCGUUCGCUUUCAGCUGGACCACUUCCAGAUUGUGGCCUCACCCACUGAGGGCUUUGUUAGACAGAACCUCACCAUCUUCUACAAGGAGCGCCUUGGCCUGUACCCUCACUUUAAUCUGGAUGAAACACCGGUGAACGGAGGGCUACCACAGGGGGCCAGUCUAGCACAGCACCUGGAGAAAAUGCCAGAGGGAGUUAUGAAGUAUAUACGUGACCCAAAGGCCAAGGGUCUGGCUGUUAUUGACUGGGAGGAGUGGCGCCCGCUCUGGAUACGAAACUGGGAAACUAAAGAUGUUUACCGCAGACACUCUCGUGAGAUGGUGCGUCAGAAGAACCCAACAUGGCCUCCAGAUCAGGUGGCAAAAGUAGCCCAGCAGGAGUUUGAGAUGUCUGCCAGGAAGUUCAUGCUGGAGACACUGAAGCAAGCCAAGAGCCUGAGGCCCAACCAGCUCUGGGGUUUCUACCUGUUCCCUGACUGCUACAACCACGACUAUAGGCGCACUUUGGAGAACUACACCGGUCGCUGUCCGGAUGUCGAGGUGGCCCGCAAUGAAAAGCUGAAAUGGUUGUGGACGGAGAGCACUGCCCUCUUCCCCUCCAUCUACAUGAGCACUGUGCUACGUUCUUCCACCUCCGGACGUCAGUUUGUCCGCAACCGGGUGAAGGAGGGGAUGCGUUUGGCAUCGUCGGGUGAUGGCUUGGCACGUCCGGUCUUUGUGUACACCCGCCCCACCUACGCCAACUCCCUGGAACAGCUGACAGAGACUGACCUCGUGUCCACUAUCGGGGAGAGCGUGGCUCUGGGAGCAGCUGGGAUCAUCCUGUGGGGAGAUGCAGCUUAUGCAAGCAGCAAAACCAACUGCAUUGACCUGGACGUGUAUAUGCGGGGUCCGCUGGGUAAAUACCUCGUCAACGUCUCCACGGCAGCAGAGUUAUGCAGCCAGACCUUGUGUGCCUCUCAUGGACGCUGUCUGCGCAGAAACCCAGACAGUGAUGUUUACUUGCAUCUGAACCCCCUCACCCAUAGCAUCAGCAGCCAGAGCGGCCGGCAGACGGUCAGCGGUGAGCUCAGUGAAGAAGAGAGGAAGAGUUUUCACAUUGAGUUUCAGUGUCAGUGUUACAAAGGCUACGAGGGAGAGGGCUGCAACCAAAUAGACCCUUUACAUCAAAAAGGGGGUGCAUCCAAAACUCUCGUCUUAUCACCUUUGCUGUGUGUUAUCUUACUGAUAACCUCUCUGCUCCUACGUUAAUUCAACAUCAAUACUGUAGCCAUGAAGCUGCUGUGUAUGUGUCUUAAUGGAGCACACCAGUCAACAAUAUGUGGGAAUUUUUUAGAGUGGGUGGUGUCGUUUUCCUCUUGUUAUUGCUUUAAAUGGAUGACACAAAAACUUUAAACUUUAAAGGAAUCACUGUGGAAAUUACAAAGUUAUAUUUGUUUAUACACUUUUAAUUCAUUUUUAAACAUUGGAGGUCUCGCUGGAAAUGACCUUGUUUACAAUUUUCUCCCAGUUUCCUCUCAGUCACUGUUUCCCAAGGUGUCAUAUUCCAUGUUUGUCAAAGAGUGAACGCUAAUGGUGGGGAAAAAAGUGAGCGGAUGUGUGUCAGGAGCUGCGUAGUGAAAGUGGAAUUGAUGCACUUAAAACUGGUGAUUGCACAUUAUAUCUGAAGUGCCUGAUCAUUUUUCCAACAUGAGCGCUCUCCGACAACUGAUGUUUUUAUGGAGGCAUUUACAGUGUUACUAUUUAUUUGAAUGUAUUUUGUAGGUGUUUUACAUUUUUUCUUACUUUGUGUCAAAAAAUGACUACUAGCUUUCUCUACAUUACUUAACUUUCAAAGAAUAUUUUUUUCUGUAAAUCAGGAGAUAUUUGACAUCAGAAGCACAAACUUUGUAUAUUUCACACUAACUCACACGGUGGCCUCUCUUUUAAUUCUGUGUUCUUAAAUGAAAUAAAGUAAAUGAAAUAAACUC